AUGCAGAAGGGGAUGCGGCUGAACGACGGGCACGCCAUCUACCUGGGGCUGCUGGCCAAGAAGGACGGCGCUCGGAGGGGCUACCUGAGCAAGCGGAGCUCGGACAACACCAAAUGGCACCCCAAGUGGUUCGCCCUGCUGCAGAACAUGCUCUUCUACUUCGAGAGCGACUCCAGCUCCAGGCCCGCCGGCCUCUACCUGCUCGAGGGCUGCCUGUGCGACCGAGCGCCUUCGCCCAAGCCCAAGGACCCCCUGGAGAAGCAGCAUUACUUUACUGUUAACUUCAACCAUGAAAAUCAGAAAACACUGGAGCUGAGGACAGAAGAUGCGAAGGAUUGUGAUGAAUGGGUAGCAGCUAUUAGCCAUGCAAGUUAUAGGACUCUUGCUACUGAGCAUGAAGCCUUAAUGCAGAAGUACCUCCAUUUACUUCAGAUUGUGGAAACGGAGAAAACAGUUGCCAAGCAACUUAGGCAACAAAUUGAAGAUGGAGAAAUAGAGACUGAGCGUCUGAAAUCUGAGAUCGCUGCCUUACUUAAAGACAAUGAACGCAUCCAGUCCAAUCAGACCAAUGUACCCAAUGAUGAUGACAGUGACAUCAAGAAGAUCAAGAAGGUCCAGAGCUUUCUGCGGGGCUGGUUAUGCAGGCGGAAAUGGAAGACCAUCAUCCAAGACUACAUUCGCUCACCUCACGCUGACAGCAUGCGGAAGAGAAAUCAGGUCGUCUUCAGCAUGUUGGAGGCCGAGGCCGAGUAUGUCCAGCAGCUGCACAUUCUGGUCAACAACUUCCUGCGCCCACUGAGGAUGGCGGCCAGCUCCAAAAGGCCUCCCAUCACCCAUGACGAUGUCAGCAGCAUUUUUCUAAACAGUGAGACAAUCAUGUUUUUACACCAGAUCUUUUACCAGGGCCUGAAAGCACGUAUCUCCAGCUGGCCAACGUUGGUGCUGGCUGACCUGUUUGACAUACUUCUGCCGAUGCUCAACAUCUACCAGGAAUUUGUCCGGAACCACCAAUACAGCCUGCAGAUCCUGGCCCAUUGCAAACAGAACCGGGAUUUCGAUAAGCUACUGAAGCACUAUGAGGCAAAACCUGACUGUGAGGAACGGACACUGGAGACCUUUCUGACCUAUCCAAUGUUUCAGAUUCCCAGGUACAUCUUGACAUUGCAUGAACUCUUGGCCCACACACCCCAUGAGCACGUGGAGAGGAACAGCCUGGAUUAUGCCAAGUCCAAAUUGGAGGAGCUUUCCAGAAUAAUGCAUGAUGAAGUGAGCGAGACUGAAAACAUCCGGAAGAAUUUGGCAAUUGAAAGGAUGAUUAUCGAAGGCUGUGAAAUUCUCCUGGACACCAGCCAGACGUUUGUAAGACAAGGCUCCCUCAUCCAAGUGCCCAUGUCUGAGAAGGGGAAGAUCACGCGGGGGCGCCUGGGCUCCCUGUCCCUGAGGAAGGAGGGCGAGAGGCAGUGCUUCCUGUUCUCCAAGCACCUGAUCAUUUGCACCAGAGGCUCCGGUGGGAAGCUGCACUUGACAAAGAACGGAGUGAUCUCCCUCAUAGACUGCACCCUGGUGGAAGACACGGAGAGCACAGAUGAGGAGAUAAAAGGAUCUGGGCAAGAUAUUGACCAUCUUGACUUCAAGAUUGUAGUGGAACCUAAAGAUGGUCCAUCCUACACAGUUAUCCUUGUGGCAUCAUCCAGGCAAGAAAAGGCUGCAUGGACCAGUGACAUCAGCCAGUGUGUGGAUAACAUUCGGUGCAAUGGCCUCAUGAUGAACGCCUUUGAGGAAAACUCAAAAGUCACUGUUCCUCAGAUGAUCAAGUCUGACGCCAGCUUGUACUGUGAUGAUGUCGACAUCCGAUUCAGUAAAACAAUGAAUUCCUGCAAAGUCCUCCAGAUCCGUUAUGCAAGUGUGGAACGGCUCUUGGAGAGACUGACUGACCUGAGGUUCCUCAGCAUAGACUUUCUCAACACCUUUUUACACUCUUACCGAGUAUUCACCACUGCUAUGAUUGUCUUGGACAAACUGAUCACUAUCUACAAGAAGCCAAUCAGUGCAAUUCCUGCAAGGUCCUUGGAGCUCUUGUUUGCAAGCAGCCAAAACACCAAACUCCUCUAUGGAGAGCCUCCGAAGUCUCCACGUGCCAACCGGAAGUUUUCUUCUCCGCCUCCUCUCUCCAUCACGAAGUCAUCAUCUCCAAGCCGGAGGAGAAAGCUGUCCUUGAAUAUCCCCAUUAUCACAGGUGGGAAGGCCCUGGACCUGGCUGCACUGAGCUGUUCCUCCAAUGGUUAUGCAAGCAUGUACUCCUCCAUGUCGCCAUUCAGCAAGACCGCCCUGGACAUCAACAAGCUCUAUGUGUCCAGUAAUUACUCCAACAAGAUAUCCGAUGAAGGGGAAGGGGCCACUGAAAAGCCAGAGGAAGUGCUUCUGAGCAAGCAGAGCGCAGAUGGGUCUGUCAGAGAAGAAUCUGAUGUUGAUCCCAACCAGAGUGAUGAGGCAGAAACAGAGACCUCACCAACCAAAUCGCCGACAACUCCUAAACUGGUGAAAGGCAAGAACUCCUCAGAAUUCCCUUUGUUCUCGUAUAACAAUGGUGUGGUAAUGACGUCUUGCCGGGAGCUGGACAACAGCCGCAGUGCCCUUUCGGCUGCCUCUGCAUUUGCUAUUGCCACUGCAGGAGCCAACGAGGGCACCCCAACGAAGGAGAAGUACCGGAGGAUGUCCCUGGCAAGUGCAGGCUUUCCCCCUGACCAAAGGAACGGCGACAAAGAGUUCGUGAUCAGAAGAGCUGCGACCAACAGGGUGCUCAAUGUCCUGAGGCACUGGGUCUCCAAGCACUCCCAGGAUUUUGAAACUAAUGAUGAACUGAAAUGUAAAGUAAUCAGCUUUCUGGAAGAAGUGAUCCAUGACCCAGAACUUUUGACUCAAGAGAGAAAAGCAGCUGCCAACAUCAUAAGGACCUUGACUCAGGAUGACCCCGGAGACAAUCAGAUCACCCUGGAAGAGAUCCUGCAAAUGGCUGCAGGAACCAAGGCAGAACCCUUUGAAAACCACUCCGCUUUGGAAAUAGCAGAGCAACUCACCUUGCUGGAUCACCUGGUCUUCAAAAAGAUCCCCUAUGAAGAGUUUUUUGGGCAAGGAUGGAUGAAGCUGGAAAAGAAUGAGAGAACGCCAUACAUCAUGAAGAACACCAAGCACUUCAACGAUAUCAGCAAUCUAAUCGCCUCUGAAAUCCUCCAUAACGAGGACAUCACUGCUAGGGUGAGCGCCAUUGAGAAGUGGGUGGCUGUGGCAGACAUCUGCCGGUGCCUGCACAACUACAACGCGGUGCUGGAAAUCUCCUCGGCCUUCAACCGCAGCUCCAUCUUCCGCCUGAAGAAAACAUGGCUGAAGGUGUCCAAGCAGACAAAAGCACUGAUUGACAAGCUACAACGGUUGGUGUCUUCAGAGGGCCGGUUUAAGAACCUGAGAGAAGCCCUGAAAAAUUGUGAUCCACCCUGUGUCCCCUACCUUGGGAUGUAUCUAACCGACCUGGCCUUCAUAGAAGAGGGCACCCCCAAUUACACCGAGGACGGCCUCGUGAACUUCUCCAAAAUGAGGAUGAUUUCCCACAUCAUCCGCGAGAUCAGGCAGUUUCAGCAAACAGCCUACAAAAUAGAACAUCAGGCAAAGGUCACGCAGUACCUCCUAGACCAGUCGUUUGUGAUGGACGAGGAGGGUCUUUACGAGGCAUCUCUCCAAAUAGAGCCCAAGCUGCCCACCUGAGGCCAGAGCUGCUGCCUUUGGAUCCUGCAAUGUACACCAUGUAUCAUAUUGUACAUAGCAGCUGUUUGUUUCAUUUGAGAAUCCUCGGUUGACUUCCUGCUAUGUGCUUCUCCCAGAACACUGCCCCUGCUCUCUUUGUCCUUAGACCCUGGCUAGCCGUCCUUGCGUUGUCCUGGGGAGUCUGGCAUUGACCACUUUGUUGAUUGUGGUCCUGGUUUAUGUUAAGCGAUGUUCUCUUUGUGGUCGAUUCUUUGCGCAGG